CCGCAAUUCAGCACCCGCGAUACCGAUUUUGGCUCCUUUCAGAUCGAGUGCAAACGGACGAAUACAACCCUGUUCGCACAUCACGCAAACGCAAAGCCCCCAACGCCGAUCUUGAGCCGCCUCUCUGGCCCAACAUGACCGGCCAUUGUGCACCAUAUCUGAACAACUUACCACAUGGUCUCGUAGAUGGAUGCAAUAUCUGCUCCAGAAUCAGUAGCCGCAUUGAAUGCAGCGGUUGCACAACAGUUCAUUACUGCUGUUCUGAGCACCAAGCCCUACAUCGGGCAGCCCACCAGACAAUCUGCGAUAGAAUCCAGAGGCUCAACGACUUCAUUGCUGAGUAUAAAGACGCCCUACCUUGCGACACAGAAGGUGGCAAUACGCCCUUGCCUACCUUCAGAACCACAGGUGGCAAUUAUACGCUGUACGAAGCCACUGAGAUGUUUGCGCACGCGCGCCGGAAUCUGGUUCAGGAAUUCGUAAAACUCAACACCAAAACCGCGGUCGGGCAAGUCUUGGAUGAUACAUUCACUCUUUUACGGCUGGAUCCUGAAGAUCACCUAGGAAUGCGGUGUAUGGCACCUUGGCUCUUCCUCCGCUUGUAACGCGACCAAGAGUGCUACGACUACUGCAAGUGGUGGGUCACCAAUGGGACCUAUAAAGAGUACGACUGGGAGUCCGAAGAUCUACCUCUGACCGGUGAAGACGCAUUUGAGCCCGCUGAAGUCUU